AUGAUCCCUUUCAAAGGAAGAUCGCUUCUACGUCAAUAUUUGCCCAAGAAACCCAAGAAAUGGGGGUUUAAGCUAUGGGGCAGAUGUGAUGCAAGUGGUUUCUUACACGAUUUCAAUGUGUAUCAAGGAAAGGGUACCGGCAUUGAAGCUGAUGGUGCUGAUGGCUGUGGGCUAGGCGGGAAUGUUGUCUUGCAGUUGUGUAGCUCAUUGGAGCGCGAUCGCGGCUACAAAAUAUUUGCCGAUAAUUAUUUCUCAAAUUUCAACUUGGCUGUUGAAAUGAAAAACAGGGGAUUUCAGUACACAGGCACAGUCAACAAAAACCGCCUACAUAAUGCACCACUAGAAUCUGAUAAGGACCUUGCUAAAAGAGGGCGUGGGUCGUACGACACCGUUACUCUGAAGGAGGGGAAUUUAGCCCUUCUGAAAUGGCAGGACAAUAAGACUGUUACAAUGAUGUCUACCUAUCUAAGUGCAGAACCCCUUACUAAAGUGAAACGUUAUGACCGGGCACAGAAAGCACGCAUUGAAGUUGAUCGACCAGCAGUAAUAACUGUCUAUAACAAGAAUAUGGGUGGGGUAGACCUGUUGGACAUGAUGUGUACUCUCUACAAACGCCAAAUCAAAGGACGAAGAUGGUACCUAUACAUUUUUUACCACACUUUGACCAUCUGUGUGGUAAACAGCUGGUUCCUGUAUAAACGGGAUUGCCAAAUAAAUGGAGUUGGGAAAGCCCUCCCACUAAAGGUUUUCCAAUCCCAGAUUGCUGAGGUUCUUACAAAGAAAGGAAAGCCUGCGCGGCCAGUAGGACGACCAAGCCUAAAUUCCCCACCUCCGGCAAAACAGAGAGCUUACGCCGCAGCACCUCAACCCGAUGUACGGUAUGACAAUUACGACCAUUUUCCCAUGGCCCAGCCAAAGCGUAACCGUUGUCGGUAUUGUCCCAAUGGAUACACCCAGUGGAAAUGUGGCAAGUGCAAUGUGUUCCUGUGCCUUUCUCCUGGAGCCGAGCCUCGAAACUGCUUCCUCGCAUACCACAAAAAAUAA